AUGGAAGCCAACCACCUGCAGGUCGAGCUUGUUCUUUCUGCACCUCGUCCAUCCUCGGAACUUCGCCAGCCCAACUAUUUCACGACACGUCGCCGCCGCCGUUGUUGCUGCCGCCACCGUCGCUGCUGGCUUGGAUUUCUUGCCAUGUACUCCGCACAACCAACAGGCGCCGACGGUGCGACAAUCAAUCCCGCCGCCCUCAACUCUGACCUCGCUAUCGCGCCUCUGCGGGGCGUCAAGCGCAAUCGGUCCCCGGAUCCCCUCGACUCUUACCGGCCUGGCGAUGACGGCAAUCGCCAAUUUCAACCAAAACGAUCAAGACCAAUGAAGGCCCGAGCGACAGGCAGCAUCUCUGAAGGCCCCGGGCAAGCGCCUGGCGGACCUGUGCCUCAGGCCAUCCCACCGCCGCAGGCGCCGCAGUCUCAGAAUCCUGCGAUGCCCACUCAGGCAGCGCCAGCCUACUCGGCCCCCCAAGCGCAAAUGCCUCCCAAGACGACGCCGACAAAGACGACUCUCAAGGCUCUGCCCACGGUGCGAGACCAUACCACCGAUCAGCUCAACGCGACAGGCGAUGAGUACAUCCCACGUGAGACCGACGAAUUCGGCGAGAAGAAGGUGAUGCCCAACGGUGCGCUUCUUGGCAACCGCCAAUAUCGAUGCCGCACAUUUCUAGUUCCAAACCGCGGCGACAAACUGUUCAUGCUGGCCACCGAGUGCGCGCGAGUACUGGGAUACCGGGAUUCGUACCUCCUGUUUAACAAGAACAGGUCGCUGUACAAGAUUAUCGCGAGCCAGGCCGAAAAGGACGACCUUGUCCAGCAGGAAAUCCUGCCUUUCUCGUACCGGUCGAGACAGAUUGCCAUUGUUACUGCCCGCUCCAUGUUCCGACAGUUUGGAAGCCGCGUCAUCGAAAACGGCCGCCGCGUCCGAGACGACUACUGGGAGACCAAGGCCCGCAAGCAGGGCUUUACCGAGGCUGAUCCCGCCGGGGAGAAGCGACCCGGAGCCGCCAAGGCCAGAGAGGCUGCGGAAGCAGCAGCGCAGAACAACGUCUUGAUGGGCAACCCGCACACCGAGAUUGUGUAUAACAACACGCCUGGGCCAUACCCUGGUGCGCCUCAGACUCAUCUCGUUCCAGGUAUGAUAGGAGCACCUGGAAACGCCACAAGAAUGCCGGCAUUAACUAUUGGACCAGACCUCAGUGAUAACAGAUCCCGGGACUACGGCGGCAUCGUCAAGGGCGGCCCUCGACAGGAGAUUACCGGACCCCCGUACCAAGACCAGACCAGGCCUUCUCCCCUGAUGGAAAUCCACUCGCAGGCCAACCACGCAGCCGACUACAACCGAUCCGUCAACCAGCAACGUGACAUGCGUGACAACUACCUUCAGCGGAUAUGGCGUCAACCCCACGAGCAACCCGCUCAGCCCGCUCUCGCUCAGCAACCUGUUGCUGCGCCUGCCGACGCAUCCAUUCCCACCAGUCGGCCGUCGAAUUCUCCUCAUACCACUGCCGCCGGCAUAGCUCAGCCCGGUGUUGUAUCAUCGCAGAGCCCGCAGAUGAUGAUGACGGCAGCCCCUUACUCGCAGUCUAUCAAUGCACAGAGUGCGCUCGGUCAGGCUCCUAUUAGAGGUAUGGCCCCUUUGCCUUUAACCACCAAACUGAGUAUUCGUGAACCAACACCUGCUGCAGGUUCUACUGGUGCCCUGAAUCCUUCAACCGCCGGCUACAGCUACCAACAACCAAGCCAAGCCAUGUGGUCCCAGAGCCCCCCGACGGCACAAACCAGCUACAGCAGCUACACGACGCAGCCCCAGCCCCAGCAUCCUUCCCAGUCUCCGGCCUCUCACCUUCGCCAAACUGGGGCCGGCCAGAUGCAACCCGGCAUGCAAUUCUCAGGCAUGGGAAGCAUGCAGUACAGCGCAGGCCAGGGCAUGUAUACCGCUGACCAGACUCCGCGUCAAUACCUGCCCCAAACUACGCCAAGUGCGCAGUCGGCCUCGCAACAAGCAUGGUCAGGCCAACAACACUCACAGCCCCAACAAUGGUGGACACAGCAGCAACAAUAA